AUGACGAGGGAAUCCCCGUCCCUCUCCCGAGUCCCACCAAGCUCUUCCCUCCGACAACCCUCUGGGGUGGAAGCCAGCAGCACUAGCACAGAAGAAAGGGGGGCAGUUAAAGAGACUCCAAACACAGGGGGAGGGGAUGAUGGAGGUAAAAAAGGGGGGCAAGAAACCGGAAUUUGUACUAUGCCACAAAAGGAUGGGGCCACCCCACCGACACUUGGCCCACACUGGAAAAAUAUGACUUCCCACCCAGCUAAGCUCCCUGAGGCCACCUGGUGCUCACAUUCUAACACCAGUACCCCAGCUCUGCAUGCAAGCAACUUUAAAAGCUCACAUUCUAACACCAGUACCCCAGCUCGGCAAGCAAGCAACUUUAAAAGCUCACAUUCUAACACCAGUACCCCAGCUCGGCAAGCAAGCAACUUUAAAAGCUCACAUUCUAACACCAGUACCCCAGCUCGGCAAGCAAGCAACUUUAACAGCUCACAUUCUAACACCAGUACCCCAGCUCGGCAUGCAAGCAACUUUAAAAGCUCACAUUCUAACACCAGUACCCCAGCUCUGCAUGCAAGCAACUUUAAAAGCUCACAUUCUAACACCAGUACCCAAGCUCGGCAAGCAAGCAACUUUAAAAGCUCACAUUCUAACACCAGUACCCCAGCUCUGCAUGCAAGCAACUUUAAAAGCUCACAUUCUAACACCAGUACCCCAGCUCGGCAAGCAAGCAACUUUAAAAGCUCACAUUCUAACACCAGUACCCCAGCUCGGCAAGCAAGCAACUUUAACCUUUGGCUGCUAAGCCAUUCUCCACCAGUGUGCUAA